AUGGUUUCCGAUGGUGUUAUGACAUUAAUGGAAAAAGGUGUUGUGACAAAUCGUUAUAAAAAAUUUCAUCCUGGAAUAACAACAUGUACAUUUAUAUUGGGUACAAGAAAACUUUAUGAUUUUGUUAAUGAUAAUCCAAAAGUAAUUAAUUUGGAUGUUGGAAUAACAAAUGAUCCAACACAAAUUCGUCGAAAUCCAAAAAUGUGUGCUAUUAAUGCUGCACUUGAAGUUGAUCUUACUGGACAAGUUUGUGCAGAUUCAAUAGGUGUAAUGCAUUAUUCAGGUGUUGGAGGACAAAUGGAUUUUAUGCGUGGUGCUGCUUUAAGUGAAAAAGGAAAACCUAUUCUUGUUUUACCAUCACAAACAUCAAAAGGAAUUUCACGUAUUGUUAAUACAUUAAAAGAAGGUGCUGGUGUAACCACAACUCGAGCUCAUAUUCAUUACGUAGUAACUGAAUAUGGUGUAGUAAAUUUAUAUGGUAAAAAUUAUCAACAACGAGCUAAAGCAUUAAUUGAUAUAGCUCAUCCUGAUCAUCGUGAAACAUUAGAACGUGCUGCUUAUAAGCGUUUUAAAACUCUUUAUUAA